CGUUUCCAGAGUGGAUUAAACAAUGACUGUAGCUCAAUUUUUCGGGUGUGGGAUGAUUGCCUUCGGGCCGCCCAUAGUAAUGUUUGCUCUGACGAUAGCCAAAGACCCAAUUCGAACCAUUAUGUUGGUGGCCAGCUCCUUCUUCUGGUUGUUGUCUCUGCUGUUUUCAUCAAUCUUAUAUACAGCUGUCAUACCACUGCAGGACUACUUAGCGUUUGGACUAGUAUUCUCUGUUCUCUUCCAAGAACUUUUCCGGUUCUUGUGGUUCCUUCUCAUCCAGAAAGCAGAAGGAGGUUUGAAGAAAGUCAGUGAUGGCAACAUACAGAUUGUUGAAAAUAAGAAUAUCUUGGCUUAUGUUUCAGGACUUGGUUUUGGGAUGAUUUCAGGAGCAUUUUCACUGAUUAAUGUCCUUGCUGAUAUGACUGGACCAGGCACUAUCGGAAGGCAUGGUGAUCCCAAGCAGUUUUUCAUAGCAUCAGCAGUCACAAGUCUUGCUUUUAUUUUACUCCAUGUAUUUUGGGGUAUUCUUUUCUUUAAUGCCCUGCAUCGUCGUGCAUAUCUACAAUUGGCUUAUGUAGUACUUUGCCAUCUUUUAGCAUCUUGUAUUACACUUAUGAACCCUAUGUACUCCGUGACCAUUCCAACGGUAUGGAUCUUAACAGUACUCUCUGGUGUUCUGGCUUUCAUUGUUGCUGGUGGGUCACAUAGGACUGUGAUGAUUGCAAUCAAGGGUCAUUCAAGAGUCUUACAGGUUGAUGCUACUGACUCCAGAGGGACCUUGACAGAUGCGUGGUGGGCAAUGUAG